AUGGCGGCGUCUGGCCAGGCGGCGGACUUACCGCGUCUUAUCAACCUCAUCAGGACCUUGACCAUUCCUCAAUUAAAAUAUCUUCUCCGCAAUGAGGGUCUCCCGUUAGCGGGGUUAAAAGCGGCAUUACAGAUUCGCAUCAUCAGCUAUUUGGAGCGUCUUUGCGCCUCUGAGGGAAAUCCCGAACGCUAUAAUGCUUUGGUGACACGCAUCAUUGCUUCUGGUGUGCCUGGGGCGAUGAUCUGGCAAGCGGACAUAAAUCCCCAAUUAUCAAACUCAGCAUCUCCCACACAACAUCCCACGCCUCCCAGAAACUCUAUGGCUCCCUACUCGAAUAAUGGUGUGAUUCCAGAUAUUGUCCACUUUAAAGAGAGUCCCUUUUACACCAUCGUGGGCCCUCUGUCGCAAGUCAUAGAGUGCAAAGCGCGGGAACAAACAAGAGACACCGUGGAAUUCAAGAUCAUACUAUCCCAGACGAAUGCCUCAGAAAUGCAAAAUGACCCUGACAUGCGAGUGAUGAUUUACUGUGCGGCGGAUUAUGGGCUUAGACAUGUCACCAAAUCCGAUAUCACCUUUCCUCACCAGGUAGAACUCAAGACAAAUCUCGACGAGGUCAAGGCGAAUCUGCGAGGACUCAAGAAUCGACCCGGUACCACACAGCCAGCGGAUAUCACCGACUACCUCCGUAAGAAGCCUCUGUAUCCGAACACUGUGGCACUGACUUAUGCAUUGACGAACAAGAAAUUCUUCAUGGUAGCCAAUCUUGUCCGCAGACAUCCCAUUGAGAGUCUGGUCGAGCAGUUGAUGUCUAGAAAGUUAAUUUCCAAGGAGCAGGUCAUAAGAGAGAUGAAAAGCCGUGCUGAAGACUCCGACAUUGUGGCUACAUCGAGCGUCAUGUCUCUCAAAUGCCCUUUGUCUACACUUCGGAUCCAAGUUCCAUGUAGGUCUGUGGUUUGCACUCAUAACCAGUGCUUUGAUGCCUCUUCUUUCCUCUUGCUCCAGAAACAAGCACCAACGUGGACUUGUCCUGUCUGCUCCAAAGAUACGAGCUUCCAGUCACUUCAGGUGGACCAGUACGUCGACGAGAUCCUUAAAUCCACAUCUGUCGAUGUGGAUCAGGUCGUUGUUGAACCGAAUGGGGAUUGGUCUAAUCCAAAUGAGAACAACACGGUAGAUCUAGGAGGAGAAACGUCCGACGAGUUCGAAGAUGACCUGGUUGAAAUCAGCGAGCCUGGAGCGGAUAAUAUUACAGCAACGAAGAAAGAACCGCAGGAUUAUGCUUCCAGCGUUCUGCUCCAGCAAACACCGGUUCAGUCCCGGGAAGUGUCUACACCAUCUUCUGUUGCUCACACAUCCAGCAAGAAACGUUCCGCUGCCGUAAUUGAUCUUACAGGCAGCGACGACGAUGAUGAGGCAUCGCCUAUGCCUCCUGUAAAACGGCCAGCUCUAGGCUACAUGUCCCGUGGUGCUUCAUCACAAGACAGCUAUCAGCCUACGGCCAGCAGCCCUCUCAAUAACCGAGCCUAUCCUCCAUAG